CAGUUUGGCAGAGCUCAGCUAGUUUCGAAUGCGUGUCACGUUAUUCUAAAAAUAACGUUGUUGUUGUUGCCUUGAAUCGUGCGCUGUUUCUCGUGUAUAGAUUCAUCUGAACAUUUUCUGCCUUAUGACAACAAGAAAGCACAUCGGAGAGAAGUUGUUGAACACAAAAAGCGUUCAAGAGUCUAUCGACUCCUUGCCAAUCUCGUUCCAUGCUCAGUUUUUCUGUAAACUAACUAUGCGUAAACGUGCUGACAAAAGUGACGUAAUGUAGCCCAAAAUACUUUUAGUGCACACAGCACUAUAAAACUGAGUUUCUCUAUCACGUUGUUCUUACUUUCUGUAGCCACGUUGUUGGUAGUCGUUGAUACCUAGAGUUUAAAUCAUGGCUGGAAGGUUUGGGCUCGUGCAGAAGCAAAAUGGUUCAAAAGUUCCUUUGGAGAGCAUCGAGAUUCAAGUCGAUGUUCAGGGAUUCACCGCACACGUGUCGGCGACCAUGAAAUACACGAACAAGAAUGAAAAUCCUAUUGAAGCCAUUUACAUUUUCCCAUUAGACGAGCAAGCAGCUGUGUGUGGAUUUCAAGCGACAAUUGACGGUCGAACCAUUGUAGCAGAAGUGCAAGAAAAGCAGGAAGCUCGAGAUACCUAUGACGACGCCAUUAGCAGCGGUCAAAGUGCUUUUCUACUGGAGGAAAGCGACGAAAGCUCGGACAUUUUCCAAAUAAGCGUUGGGAACUUGCCGCCCAAGAAGGAAGCUAUCAUAGAACUGCGUUUUGUAACAGAACUCGCUGUGGAGAAGGAAGGCCGAGUCGUGUUUGUCUUGCCGACAGUUUUGAAUCCGAGGUACUCCCCACAAGACAGUGCAGCGAGUCUUAGCACCCAAAUCCCAAGAGCAGCAGCAGUGGAUUCACCAUACUCGUUUGAGUUCGAGAUGAAAGUGAAAGCAAUCUCGGCCAUUAGCGAGAUUUCUUCCUCGUCCAACGCCUUAAUUGUCGAGAUAGAUGGCAAUGAUCAAAGCCAAGCCAAAGUAAAGCUGGCCGAGGCGCACAAGUUCAACAAAGAUGUCGAGGUUCACAUUUUGACCCGCGAACCUUUUAAGCCACAAGCGAUUUUGGAGAACGGAGCGAAAAUAGAAGGAAGGGAAGAUAAAGAAGGCUUCAUGGCAAGCCCUGUCGUGAUGCUGAAUUUCUUCCCGGAAUUUAAAACUUCAGAAUCGUCGGAUAAAGGCGAAUUUGUGUUCGUGGUUGAUCGGAGUGGAAGCAUGAGUGGAAGCAAAAUCAACAGCGCCAGAGAAACGCUGCUUCUGUUCUUAAAGAGUCUGCCCGAUGGCUGCUACUUUAAUGUGGUGGGGUUUGGAAGCAGCGACAGGACUCUGUUUAAAGAGAGCACAUUGUACAAUGAUGAAAAUUUGAAGGAAGCCACCCAGCUGGCAGAGACCAUGCAAGCUGAUCUCGGUGGUACAGAAAUCCUGGCCCCUUUGCAGUGGGUGUUCUCUCAGCCUCUGGUCAAAGGUCACCCGAGGCAGCUGUUCCUUUUGACCGAUGGGGAAGUUGGAAAUACUCAGCAGGUUAUAGAUCUGGUGCAAAAGAACUCCAAAUCUGCAAGGUAUGGCUUUCCUGAAAAAUAUUAAAUGGACCAGUUCAAACCCGGCAUAGUCAGUUGAAUGUUCGGAAAUCAAACUCAAUCAAACUCAAUUGAACUCAAUCUGUGGAUUGAGUCCGAUUGAGUUUGGCAAUUGAAUGAAAUUGAAUGCUGAACUUUGUGUGAGUUCAAUUUCUGAAACAAUCGAACUCGAUCGCACAAGUCAAACCAAAC